AUGGCCUCCGCGACGACGGCCGCGGCAGCAAAGACGGUUCGUCUAUUUGACCCUACAACAGCCGUUACAACGCAUGCUGUGCGGUUCCCAAGGACACAAGGGAAGCAGAUUCAGGGAAAAGUUCGAUUCCCCAAUUCUCAGGCGGCCAAAAAUUUCGGACAGCAGGAGAGCGCCAGGUUAAAGAAAGCGCUUCAACAUAUCACACAUGGGAAGAAUAUCUUUGCCUACAACAACUUCCGCACAAAUCAGGUGGUUUACUCGCUUUCACGAUCUCUAGAUUGGCAGAAUGUCCAAUCACAGCUUGUAUACCAUGGCAAGAAAACCGUUCCUGCUGCACUGCGUAAGGACAUGUGGGUGCCGUACUUCUCGGUGCAUUUCCCUACUCCAUCGCUCGGCCUCGAGGCGUACAAACUUCUACGAGAGUUCUCUCGUCAACGACAAUUCGAACCACCAGCCCAUUUAAUCACAAAUUCCAAGGAAUCACUGGAGAGAAAACGGCCUCAGGCGUUGGAUGAAGCUAAGAAAUGGGACAAAGAAAUGAGCGGCCGAAUUGGCCAAAUAAUGGUGAAGAAAGACCGGGCAAAGGUAUUGAUGGACCAGAAAGCCACCAGUGUUGCCGAUACCGCUGCCGUCUUGGCAAUUCAAGCCGAACGUGAACGAAGGGAACGACAGCAGGAGGAGAGAGAAGAGGAAGCGUCAACAGAAGAUGGAAAAUCAAAGGAGAAGAAAUUAUCCCACAAGGCCAGGCGGCGUGUGAUACGAGCUCAGAAACGACAGCAAGCACAUGAAGAACUCAUUCGACAGCGAAUUGAGGCGCUUGAGAAAUCCAUGUCAACCAAAGGCUUCCAGGCUAAAAUUGAUGUGGAAGGUGAGCUGGCGGAUUACAAGGUUAGGGAGGGGGAAGUCAAACUUCUCUGGGCCGAUCUGCAGGAUGCUCAGUAUGCUCGAUCAUGGCCCACUACCGUCCAUCACGGAGAGCUUGAACCGAGUCGGGAACAUAUCAUCAGCCCUUUUCUGAAACUAUACGGGAACGACCAUCCGUCCUCAUCCUCGGGAGAGAAUUUUAUCGAAGAAGAUGCUUCAACCAGCGCCCCCGCUGAGGAGCCAGUCAAGAAGGGAUUGAGAUUUUGGAAGAGCUAG